AAGUCCCGCCCCUCGGGUGAUUGACAGCACACUCUGACCAAUCUGCACUGCUAACUAAAAUAAACCGGCAGCUACUCUGUCGACUGACAGGUCUUUCAGCCACUAAUUUGGAGCCUCUGGCGGUUUUAACCCACCUAUUGUUUUAAAUAGAAAUCAACUGAAGUCAUUUCGAUUGACAGAAUCGCCGACGAGUCCGAAUAUUUUGAUUUUCUGAAAGGUACGGCCGGUGACAGUGAAAUAUGAAAAUGACAGGGUUAUACACAAAUCACAGAGAGCGAGGGGGCGGGGCAACUGCGUAGGCGUGGCCUAACGGUGUUUGGUUGCACCGCAGCGCAUAGCCUACACAAUGGCUGCUGGAAAGAGGAGAAAGCAAACAAUUUUCAGGCCCGCCGCGUCCAGCAAAAAAUAUGAGAAAAAAAUUUUUAAAAUUCGGAAAAUAGGUGAAAGUCAAGGAAAACGCCCUAGAAAGGAUGUUAAGGCUCCCACGGUAAGUUUUGCGCAAAUUAAGUAAAUUGUUACGGUGUUCUUGAAUUAAAAUAUCGGGGUUAUUCAAAUUAUGAGAGUGAGGGUGAGCUAGGGAAAAAAGUUUGCGUUAAUCAGCGCCCAGUUUGGGACCUGAGAGAAAAGCAGCGGAAGAUAGAAAUUCAUAGAAAAUUAAUAUAAAUUAAGUUGUUCUGUCUUGUCACGUCGCGUUCACUGCAAAUGAAUGUCAACAAACGGAGGAAAUCCUGGAGUGGUAAAAAAGUUGGGGAAAAGUUUAGAAUUUUAGUUCAGUUUAAGUUUUUCUCUGAAUAUAAUAACGUCGGUAGGACGGGGUAGCUGUAGCGAACGCACGCGCAUUUAAAUAUGGUCAAAAAAAUUCGUAUAAAAUGCACGCGGCACUCAUGCUGCUCAAAUUUUGACACAUACAUGCACGCGAGACGACAGUAAACACCGUGCUGUCGGCACAAUUGCGUUUGCAUGUGCCAUAUAAUGCGUAAUGCCGAAAUUGGAUUAAAUGUGCUAUAGUUUCAUUUAACCACGUGAUUUACAAAAGUUGUCGGUUCAGGAGUUGUGGUCGUGUUUACUACUGAUCCUAUCACAGGAGCCAAGAGAUAAUACACGGCGUUUCCGUGUGGUUCAGGGGGCUAUCAGCGCGAGGAACGUUGCUUGUCAAUAUCACAAACAACCAAAAUGGAGGGAGAAGUUAAGGGGGACUAAUUGGGCGAUGCUAAACAUUUUCUCCCCCAUGUCCCUCCAGAUCCAAUACAAAGCCCGUGUUUCAGUCCACAACAAACCCGACCGCGUGCUCAUUCCUCUUACAGCCUCACCUUUGCGUUCAGUGGCGCGAGCGUGAACUGGGAUUGGGUCAAAUUGAGCUGAUUACUAGCACAGCCUAUGGGGUGGUCAGUCAUCAGAGGUGUCCAUGUGUGUGUGAGUGUGUGUGUGUGUGUGAGUGUGAGUGAGUGUGUGUGUGAGUGUGAGGGGGGUUCGUGUUCAGACCAUGCGGUUCUCAUCAUCAUCAUCAAAUCCAUCACAUGAAACCUCUGCAUAUAUUGUUGCAUUUAUGGACGCGCUCGAUCAGCACACCAUGCACGCUGGAUAAGUCCGAGUUUUUUUUUAUUGCACACACUUUUCGGAGUUGUCAUGAUGCGUGCCUGUGGAUGAACUCGCAUGUGUGAAGGAGGGGGGCUGGGGUUUGCGUGCUCACACAGGGGCACGCAUGCAGCCCGCUCACUGAACGCAUGGAACUUUGGAUCGGCUUUGUGUGUAGGUGGUCGGCUGCUGCGUGUGUGUGUACUCCAUUUCAUGCGAGUUCAUGUGAGUGGCGCGUGCGGAAAAGUCACGGCUUGUCGGAGUGUGCGUGGAGGAGACGCAGCUCCACGUGCGGGAUAUGCAAAUCAAACCCGACACUUAAACCUGUGGGUUAGUUCAACCUCGGUUUGUUUGUGUGUCACAUUUCCGCUCGAGAGAUGUAACCAAGUGCGUGGCAACGUCCUAAACCGCACAGGCUACUACCGCACUAAGUAGUGUGUGAAAAAUAGCACGCGAUUUCUGGUAACUAUGGUAACCUACGAUGGCGUACUAUGUAGUGCGGUAGUAUGCGGUUUGAGAGGCAGCCCACGUGCACUCUGGAGCCGCAGAUUAAAUCAUGCUGUUGAUCGAAAACUAUUUUAUGAAGUGAUUUCGGAGGUUUUUGGAAAUGCUGUGCAAAGUUCUUGUGGCAUUCCUGCCCAUUUGUAUUAGCAUUGAAAUAUUUAAACAACAAAAAUAUUGUUUAUUGGCAUUUUAUUACACUGUUCUGGUUUGUGUCAAAAAAAGAAAAAUAUGUAUUUUAGUACAAUAAUUUAGAUAUUAAUAUUGUUUUGGUGUGGGGUGUAAUUCAACUUUUUGCUUUACUUCACUACUGAAUUUCAAAAUGACUAAACUAAAUAAGAGAAAUGAUUUUUGCUGGUUAUAACAUCUUGCCUGGUUAUAAAUUAAAUGUAAUUUUGUUUUGUUGUGGGUGGGUGUUGUGUGUACACAUGCUGUCUGAUCUGACUUUAAAGGAAGUGAUUUAGGAUUUUGAGGUUUGUAAAAUGUUUUUGAUUUCAGUACUAUUGCUCUAAUCAAAAUAUUAAAGUUAUAAUUUUUUACAAAAAAGUCUUUUGUAAGAUGUAAAAUCAUCGCUUCAAGCUGAUCAAUUAUUUUACGAGAAAAAAGUCAUAGCAUUCACAAAUUGUCAGAGAUGUUUGCGGGUGUAGCUGUUUUAUAUCUUUUCCUUGAACUAAAAUAUUUUUUUCUGUAUUUAGAGUUAUUUAAAUGAAGCUGGAUGCUAAUGAAUUGUUUAGCAAUGCCAAACAAAUAAUUAUCUGAAUUUAUAAGUAUGUAAAAUAUGUGAGUAUGGUUUCUAAUUUGAUAUGUAUGUAGUUCUUUCUGUGUACCAAAACAUUUUCCUAAGCUAUUAGUUAAGUAUCUCAUAAUUAAAGGUUUCCUCAACAAUUUGGGUAAUAAAUUUCCUGAAUUAAUGUCAGAUUAAUAUGUAUAUUUAUAUGCAAUGUAUAUGAAAUAUAAUUAUGUAGAAUUUGCAUUAAAGAAUUCUAUUUAUUGGAGAUAAUUUCACCUGAUGUUCAUCACUAGUAAAUUUUUUUGUUUUUAGUUAAUAAUUAGCUCUCAAAUAAUACUAACAAUUUAGCAUGAAUAAAAAAAUACAAUUCUUAUCAUCAGUGUUUUUUGUUAUUUAAAUAAAAAUUGUCAGGAAGGUGCACUGACAAAUUUACAGUGCAGGCUGCAUUGAAAUACAAAAUAAAAUGUUUAUAAGGUGUAGUGCUGGCGUCUGCUGAGAAAAGUCUGAACUCGGGCAAUCGUACAAGCAAAAUGUCAGCCUGAAAGUUCAUGAAAAAUGCUGAUCGUUCAAUCCAUAGCUCAUGAAUAACAGAGAAAUAAUAAACAGAACAGUAGAGUGCAGGUAUAUGGAUAGUUAAGGAUACUUAGACUUUGAUAAAGAAACACACUGCUGUAGGGUUCUACAAAGAAUGUUCAUUGGUUCAUUCACACUGUGGGACAAACUGAAGAACGAUUCAGGGUUCUAGAUGUAACCUUAGGGUCCUAAAUGUAAGAGCUUAGUACUAGUGGGUAUAGUGAGUCUCUCAGUAGACUGUGGUACAAUAUCACAGACAUGCAGUGCUGUCCAUGUAUAGCUGAAUGGAUAAAGAUGGAAAGAAGAAGUAGAAGUGAGUAAUGAAGGGAUAAACAGUUCUGCUGCGUAUGGUUGGCUAGAGAUAGUUGGAUGAAACGGGUGUAGCCCCAACAGUCUGUAAGAAACAAUAUUGGUAGCCCCAUCCAACAGUUUCUCCAACAGUUACUCAUCCAACAGUUUGACCAACAGCACCACAGUAUUGCCAUAUUUCUGACUUCUGUUCUUUCAUAGCAUUAGAGUCAGAAUAUUUAACUCCUUAAACUGCCAGCUGCUUGUUUCAAUCUUUGUCUUAAAGCAUAUUAUACAGUAACUACUAUUCAGUAACUACUAUUCAGUAACUACAGUGAAACCAAUACAAAAUGUAGGUAGUUACAAGAGUGUGAAAAGUCAUUCUGGAUGCACUAACAGGUCCUGAGGAUUUAAGGGGUCACUAUUUUAUUUUUUAUUUCUGAUAUUUCCCAUCAUCUCACCGGACAGUCUGUGGGAUGAUAGUGUAUGUACAGUAGUAAAUACUUGUGAUUGAGACUUCAUAUUGAAUCCUGUAAUUAAGAGUUGUCUAAAGGUUUCUUCUUAAUCUGAAUGUGAUGCAAGACAAAGACCAAUGUACAUCAAAAAUGUGCAAGCUUGUGCGUGGAAAUGUGCUUGGAAAUUGCAGUCAUUUUCACUCUAAGCUGUGAACAUAAGCGUUUUAUUUUCUCAGGUCCAAUAACACAGACAUACAGUGCAGUCCAUGCAUAAUUGGAGAGACUUUUUGCUGCUUUGGCACUGCAUGUGAGCACUGUUGAAUCUGAAAUGAAACAAUAGUUAUGAAAAGGCUUUAAUAUCAAGCAUAUGUAGCCUACAUUUAUAUCAGGUGACCCGUGUAGGAAUUACACUCGUUUUUAGACAUAGUUCUCCCAUUUUAUAAUCCCAGACGUAAUUUGGUAAUUGACUGCUCAGUUAUUUCUUGGCCAGUUGUGUGUUGUUACAUCACUACUUUAAGCGCAGGAGAGCUGACAAAAGGUGUAGAGUUGAUUCAAGAUUUCACGUUUGCAUCUGGAGUCUGUUACUGUUGUCAGUGCCAGUAAAGGAGGCCAUCAUGAGACUGAGAAGCAGCAUAAAUCAAUCAGACAGAUGGCCAAGACAAAUCACCUGUUUGGUAUAGUGUUUGGUGUAUGUGCAGAACAAAACCCAUAAACACAUAGUUUUUCACCAGGUCCUCAGAGAACUUACCCUAGGUAACCACUGAUACCUUUUGUAAAUGUGCAUUAAAAGCCUGUAGAAUUCGAACAUAGUCUCAUGGCUAAAUGAGACGGAGAUGAACUUGUACUAAGAGUCAUAGAAAGAGGAAAGUUUGGAGAAAAGGGAACUGCUCGCAAUAUAAAGCAUACUACCUCAUCUAACAUGAAAGAUGGUGUUAUGACCAUGUAUGGCCUAGAAUGCAUUACUUUAACGGAAGGCAAAAGUCCCCAAAACAAGCAGGAACUGAAAACAGCCUGCAGAGAAUAACCAGGAAAGAUACCCAGCGUCUGGUGAUGUCUGAGAGUCACAGACUUCAGGAAGUCAUCAAUCGCAAGGGAUUUGCAACCAAGUACUAAGUUACAGUUUUAAUAAGAAUUGCGUUCAUAUGUUCAUCCACUUUCUUACAGUAUAUUUCUCUGAGAUAGAAAGGGGGGCUGUGUAUUUAAAAAAAAAUGUGAUUGCUGUUUGUCUCACUUGAAAUAGAUAUAAAGGCAGACAAAUUCAGGCUGACAUUUUGCACCCUGUAGUCUUUUUUUAACCCCGUUUCACAUAUGCCUGAGUGCAUAAAUACAACAACACUCACUGUUCAUCGUACAUUUAUGUGUGAUUUGUGUGAACAUGUUCACUAUUGUUUAUUGCAUACAUUAGUGUUUACCUGAUUCAACACACCUUAAUCUAUUCAAAAACAAACCUUUCAGUUGAAUCAGGUGUUUUGCAGUGCAGCAGAAUUAAGAAUCAUUGUUUUAUCAAACAGAAAUGCAGGAUGUUUGGCCAGUCUCCGAUCUGCUUUUUCCUUUCUUCUUUUGGAACCCUACCAUCAUCCUCUCUCACUUCCUCAGUGCCUGGCCUCUCUGUGGUGUUGAAGAUUCAGCCUCUGUCACUCUGUCAGUGAUCGGACACGUCACUUGUGUCCACUGCGUGGCUGGCCUGCGCUAAGUCGCCAUGGCCACAGUCACCCCCGACGAUGACUGCCCCAACCCGGCAGAGCAUGAUCGAGUGAGGAAGAGGAGGCCAGAGGGGAAAGGGAGGAAAAACUUCCCCUGUCAGCUUUGUGAGAAGGCCUUCAACAGCGUGGAGAAGCUGAAGGUGCACUCCUACUCGCACACAGGCGAGAGGCCGUACCGCUGCACACACACCGACUGCACCAAGGCCUUUGUCUCAAAGUACAAACUGCUACGCCACAUGGCCACACACUCACCUGAGAAGACCCACAAGUGUAGCUACUGCGAGAAAAUGUUCCACCGCAAAGAUCACCUCAAGAACCACCUGCACACACACGAUCCCAACAAGGAGGCUUUCAGCUGUGCCGAGUGCGGCAAGAGCUACAACACCAAGCUGGGCUUCCGCAGGCACCAGGCUCUGCACGCUGCACAUCGUGGUGACCUCACCUGCCAGGUGUGUCUGCGGCCAUAUCCCAGCACCACCCUGCUGCUCGAGCACCUGCGUGCUCACGCCGGAAAAAGCGCCACGGCUGCGGCCAAGGAGAAGCGGCACCAAUGCGAACACUGCGGGCGCCGUUUCUACACGCGCAAGGACGUGCGGCGCCACCUAGUGGUGCACACGGGCCGCAAGGACUUCCUGUGCCAAUACUGCGCGCAGCGCUUCGGCCGCAAGGACCAUCUGACUCGGCAUGUAAAGAAGAGCCAUGGCCAUGAGCCGCUGCGUGUGAAGGCAGAGCCGCUGGAGCCCUCAGAGCCACACCCCUACCUGUUUGGCCAUGCCUCCUACUCUCCUCCGCCACCGCCACUCCGUCCCGAGCUGGAGAGCUACCUUCUGGAGCUGCAGGCGGAGGAGGUGCCGAAGCUGAGUGCUGCUGCCACGUCCUCCGGAGAGACACCUCCGUCUUUGGACUUCCUGUCUCCUCUGUUUAACUUCCUGCCCUAUGGCCAAGGGGCAGGGCCAGCCUUGGGGGUUUCCUACAGCCAGGAGGAGGGGCUUCCUGUGAUGACGCCUUCUCAGGACGCUACCGAUCCUCUCGGCCCAAUUCACACACUCACGCAUCCACAAACGCUUUCACAGACACACACACUCACUACAAGUUACACACACUCUGCAAGCCUGAAUACAACCACCACCCUGCCUCGCUUUCACCAGGCCUUCCAGUGAUCCAAACGUACACAGGCACACACAUUUAGCUACCGUAGCACUUACACACAUCUACACUUACAUCAACUUGGCACUUAAUUUAAAUACAAAAAAACACACCAAUACAACACUUGUUACUUAAGUCAGUGACACUUGUUAAAUUAUGUGCCUUUGAGAACAUAUCACUUAUCAGCUCGUUUAAAUCUACUUCAGUCUUCAUUUUAGGAGUUAGCAAUAGAAGAUGUUGAACAUCUGACAGCUGUCAUUCAAAACAAUCUGUCUGGUUUACGAAUGUGUAUGUGCCUUGGUUUGCAGUGAAGUUUUGCUCUCAGACACUGAGUGCAUAUAGCUUUCCCAUUUAGCACUUUGAAUUUCUAGUGAUGUUGAAGUUCCAUCAAAGCUAAACAUUGAGGUUUUUUUUCCUGAUAUUUUUGUUGAUCACUUUGUUUGUUGGCUCACAAGCUGAUGGGUACUGAAGUGCCAGCAUCUGAGUGACUAUACACAGCCAAAGGCAACCAAACCCCUCAGAGCCAGAGUGUGGACGGCUCAUCUUGUUUAGCCUUUAUUUUUCUUUUUUUUAAAUUUUAUUUUAUUUUUUUUUUAAUGGCCGUUUGCCUUCAUGCUGCUGCUCGUUUUAAGGGCCUAAAACUUUACCAGUGCAGAUCUGCUUCACUAUACAAAGCAAUAAAGGGAAACAUGGACUGACUUUACAAAGACUAUCAUGUGUAGACACAAACAGCUCUUAAACACCCCUUCAUUUUUUUCCCCUGCCGUAUGUCUUCUUUUUUUUUCUUUUACAUUUUUUUUUUUCGCUCCUGGACUUUAGACACCAACACAACCUUCAACCUCAUCUGCCAGAAUGCUGUCCAUUGCACUGAUUCUGAUUCUCAUCAAUAAUAAAACAAAAACAUUCAGUUGUAUGGAUCUGUGCUGUCGCAUCCGAAGCGCACGCAGAAGUCUGAAUGACAUACGCAGUCUGUGAAGAAGCUCUGUUGUGAAUAAGAUACAUUUCUACAGAUAGUUUUAUGGAGACUAUAGACGGCUCCAGAGGCCGUAAAACACACCUAUGGUUGGCACAAUCCUUUUCCCAAAACACCCAGCUUAACCCGUGUACAGAUGUGUUUUUGUGUGUAUGUGUGUGGGCGGGGAUGAUAGAGGUGUGUGCUGAGUGAAUGUUGGGGUCUUGUUGAAUAUACAUUGGGAGCUGAAGGUUGUUGGAUGCUGGAAAGCCUCCAGGUUGGGCAUAUUUUUCAUAAUAGCACUUUCUAAAGAAUCUGAUGCCUUGGAUUUGUCAUGUUAUGAAUAUGUAUUUUAUGUUAAACAACCAUUUUGCAUAAAAUGUUUAGAUGUCAUAUAUAGCUUUUAGCAGAUUGUUAGCAUGUGUAUAUAUAUACAGUAUAUAUAUAUAUAUAUAUUAAAAAAAAUGCUAUGUGUGUGAUAUUUUUACAGGUACACUUCAUACAGUGUUUAAUGUUGUAAAUGUCUCCUGUUUUUGCUUUAUUGCACAAAACGUCUGUGUCUCUCACUGAGACUUUAUACGAAUGGUUUAUUCCACCCAUACUUCUUCUUCAAAGCACUUCCAUCGUUCGUUAAGUUUUCAAAGGGUUUUAUAAAUAUCUUCAUAAAUCUGCAGUUUGUAAAUACUUUAGUAUUGGGAAAAGUGUAUAAAACUGGGAAGACCAGAAUGCCUCAAUAUUUUAAGGUGUGAAAUGGAGAUGUCAUUUGAUGCUGCUGAGUGGCUGACGGAUUACUUAGAGAAGCUGAUUGAAAUGCUCUGCGUUCGAGCAUGUUUUCAUUGGGAGACACAGACCUUUAGCAAUUCUCCUAUUCAGUUUCAGUGGUACCAUCAUGCAGUGUGUGUAUGUGUGAGAGUGGAACAGUCUCUCGACUUGGAUAAUGCUGCUAAUGGACAUGGUAUAGCCCAUGAUGGCGCAACAGAACUUUUAGUUUUUCUCCUUCUUUCAAAUCCAUGAAAUGUUUGAAGAGGGAGUGGACAUGUGUCCAUGCGUGUCAUAUUUUGACGUGUCAGUAAGGUGAUGUAGUUAUUAUCAAAGCCGAUUAGGAGCUGGAUGUUGCCACAGCCGUGUUUCGAGGGAAGGGUCUUUGUACAACUGAACUCUGAGUGACCUAUUGAAGACGAGAAGAAAAGGAGAAAGAGUGUGUGUUUUGUUCAAGAGACAGCAUUCCAGCCAUAAUGGUGUUUUACAUGGUGUCCUUAUUGUUUUAAUCACAUUUCUGUAAUGCCAUCCUGUGAUAGUGGCUUUCGCUAAUCAAUGUAUAUGUUACCGUAAUGUACUUUUACAAACUACUGUUGUAUGUGCAUAUCCCAAGACAGAAUGAUUCAUAAUUAUCUGUGUGUGUGUAUGUGUGUGUGUGUGUUGAGAACUUGCUGCUGCAGCCUGCGUUUUCUUUUGUCUCCAGAUGACAUCAUCCAAAGAGAAAGUUAUUUAGUGGCUGGCUGGAUGAGCCAGUUGUGUGCUGUAGAAGGUGAAUGGCAAUGUGUGAAUGUGUGCGUGUUUUGUGUCUGAGAAAGAAAGUGUGUAUCUGUGUGCAUUCAGACGACCUUUGCUGCUAUGUGAGGAGAGGAGAGAUUUGGUCCAGUGUUAAUACUGUUCACAGUACUGAGAGCUCAAUAAACAUACCAGAAGGA